CCUGCUAUAAAGCUCUGUGUCCUGCUCUAGCGGCACUUCAUCUGAUCUCCUCAUAUCUCCUCACAAUGAACGAUAUCUACAAAGCAGCGGCAGAGCAGCUAACUGAUGAACAGAAAAAUGAGUUCCGUGCAGCAUUUGAUAUUUUCGUUCAGGAUGCUGAAGAUGGCUGUAUCAGCACUAAGGAGCUCGGAAAGGUGAUGAGGAUGCUGGGCCAAAACCCCACACCAGAAGAACUCCAGGAGAUGAUUGACGAGGUGGAUGAGGACGGCAGUGGUACGGUGGAUUUCGAAGAGUUUUUAGUCAUGAUGGUGAGAUGCAUGAAAGAUGACAGCAAAGGAAAGUCGGAGGAAGAACUGGCAGAACUCUUCCGUAUGUUUGAUAAGAAUGCAGAUGGGUACAUUGAUCUUGAUGAACUGAAGCUGAUGCUGGAAGCUACAGGUGAAGCAAUCACUGAAGAUGACAUUGAGGAACUGAUGAGGGACGGAGACAAAAACAAUGAUGGAAAAAUUGAUUAUGAUGAGUUCUUGGAAUUCAUGAAAGGGGUGGAAUAAAUGAUGAAGGAAUGUCUUCCUGGUGUUUCUCCCUGGAUUGUCACAAGAAAGCAUAGUAUAUAUUCAAGCUAGAUGAGAGAGGAGAAUUUGUCAGUCUACGAUGUAUCUAUUAAUAUGACUAUAAUUUCAGGACAAUAUUUUAAGAAGCUUCAUUUAUUGUACACACUUGUAAAACAUAUUUUGAAGUCAAGGCCAAGUUGUGUAGAUUUAAGACUUUCCUUGGGUUUAAUUUGUCUACUAAUUCAUUCUUUUACUGAAAACAUUUUAUCUUCACAUUUAUUUAGUAAAUCAUUUAUGAUUAGAUAUACAUUGAUCAGACUUGGAAUCUGAGCCUAAAUGUUUGCGUGACUAAAGGCUAAUUUCAAAUAUUAAAAAGGUGCUCAAAGUGUGUUCUGACAUUCUGCUCUAUUCCUCAAAUUAUUUCUCAAAUUUAAUUACAUUCUACUACAGUCUGUUUUAUGCUGGGAAAGAAAUAACUAUCCUAAAAGGAAUUCCCAUAAUCCACAUCUUUCAAUAUUUUUUUGUAAAACUGAGUUUACAUUUGACAGUGUAUUGUUUUCAAGCCUAUCUGUCAAAUUAACAAAAUGCUACUUGUCUGCUUGUUCAUGAAAAUAGAAUAAAGCUUUUGAGAAUUUUG